AUGAGGCAAUCGUCACUGUUGCCACAUCAGUGUGAAUCCCCAGAGCCCGCUAUAAAUGCCCUAAUCGAUGAGGCCGCGCAGAGCCGGGGCAGGAGCGAGCUGUGCCGGGCUGGGCCGCGCUUGCAGAGAGGAGGAGACACCGAGCCGGGCACCAUGUGCUCCCUCACCCGUGUGCUGGCGCUGCUGGGUGCGCUGCUGUGGGCGCCGUGGCGGGCGCUGCACGGGGCGCCGCUGGCCGAGCUCUCGGGGGACCAGGACUUCCAGCUCUUCCUGCACAAGAACCUCGAGUUCACUCGCAAGAUCAAGGGGGAUGUGGCCGCGCUGCAGCGCGUGGUGUGCGACACCUUCCAGCUGUGCAAGGAGGAAGAGCUGCUGCUGGUGCGGCAGGACCUGGGCAUCACGCAGGUGCCGCUGGAGCAGGGCCACAGCCGCAACUUCCAGGCGGAGGCCUGCUUCAGCCAGAUCCGCGACGGGCUCCGCGCCUACCACGGCUCCCUCGCCGCCGUCCUGGAGCUGCGGCCCGGGGACGCCAGCCUGGUGGAGACGCUGCAGCCGGACGCCGCCAACCUCUCCUCCAACAUCCAGCAGCAGAUGGAGGACCUGGGCCUGGCCACGGUGACGUACCCCACGGAGGGCCCGGACGCCCUCCCCGCCUUCUCCUCCAGCUUCCACCACCAGGUCGGCGGCUUCUUCAUCCUGGCCAACUUCCAGCGGUUCCUGGAGACGGCGUACCGGGCGCUGCGGCACCUCGCCCGCCUCUGA